CGUACAUUGUCCUUAGAAAGGAGGAGUCGGACGAGGAAGCCACAAAAAUGAAAGGUGAUUACCAUAGAAUGAGCAUCAAGACAGACUUCUUUGUUUAAAUGGUUGAAGUAUGACUAUGUGCUGAUAGAAAUAAAGUUAAUCAACUUGACAUGGCUCUUUUGUUUUGUAUUGAAUUUCGAUCACUUCAAACACAGGGCACAGCAGGAUUUAUUAUCAAUCAUAUCGACUCCAUUUCGUCCUGCUCCGUAGAGGAAAGUCGGAAAUGACUAUCGAAAGCGUUUAGGCCGAUCUGUACAGUAGAACACCCAUUCAAGGUAAUGCCCAUCAGAUUUAACCAUGGAUCGUUGACUGUUUGAGCAUUUGAAAUGGCACUGAUCAGAACAGAGCCACUCACAGACUAUUACGAAGUCAAAGAAGAGUUAGGGAGAGGAAGGUUUGCAGUUGUGAAAAGAUGUUUAAAAAUCUCUACUGGAGAAGUGUUUGCAGCAAAGUGCAUACGAAAGGCAAGAGCUGGUCGCAGAGGCAGAGAGCAGUUGUUAUUAGAAAUAGACAUACUGCAUACUUCAGAUCACCCAAAAAUGGUGAAACUCUAUGAUGUUUUUGAAACAAGAAGUGAAAUGAUACUUAUUUUGGAGUAUGCUGCUGGUGGCGAUUUGCACAAGCACUGCCUUGAAGUGGAGUCUGUUCGUACAGAGAAGGAAAUAUGCUCUUUGAUUUAUCAAAUUGUCCAAGCAGCAAUGUAUUUGCAUGAUCACCAUGUGGUUCACCUUGAUCUGAAGCCCGAAAACAUAUUAUUAAAGAACGACCAGAAGUUUCCUGAAAUUCGCCUCAUUGAUUUUGGUUUAUCGCGAAGAGUCGAUCUCCCUUACAGUCAAUACGACAUUGUUGGUACGCCAGAAUAUGUAGCACCUGAAGUACUAUCAUACGAACCAAUUCAAAUUUCUGCAGACCUGUGGAGCAUUGGCGUUGUUUGCUACGUUUUGCUUAGUGGGAUUUCCCCUUUCGCUGGAGAUGACGUCAUGGAAACAUAUGCAAACAUAGCAAAUGUUGAUUUUGAUUUCGAUGCUGAGGAGUUUGACGACAUAUCAGACGAAGCAAAGGAUUUCAUCGAAGCUCUUCUCAUUAAAGAUCCAAAGGAAAGACUAACAACCCAAGAAUGCUUAGAGCAUCCCUGGUUGAAACAGAUGUCAGAAGGCGUUAAGGAACAGGACAUAGAGGCUGCUCUUAUAGCCAAAGAAGCUUUUGAAAAAUUCCGAGAGGAAAGCGUGUCCAGAUUGGACAGCGAAGGAGACAGUGUAUUUUCAACAGAAGGAGAAGAAGAUCAGGCUGUACCCAGUGAUGACUCAGAUGAUGUCACCACCGAUGAUGCAGAAGAUUCAUAUGUAAAAGAGGAAGAUUUCCCUGCUGAUAACAACGAAACCAACGGAUAUUUGCAAGAAAAGUCCCCCAGAGUUGAAGAAGUUUUUGAUCUAAAUGGAGCAACUGACUCUGUCUUGCACAUCAAGGAGCAAAUUGAAUCUGUUGAUGAUGAAAACUUAGAUGAGUCAAACACGGAACCAGCCAAAUCACCAGAGCCAGUCCAAUUAUCGGAACCAGCCAAAUUAACGGAAUCAGCAAAAUUAUUGGAACCUGUCAAAUUACCGGAACCAACCAAAUUGCCGGAACUAGCCAAAACACUGGAACAAGCCAAAUCACCGGAACCAGUCAAAUCACCAGAGCCAGUCCAAUUACCGGAAUCAGCAAAAUUAUCGGAACCAGCCAAAUUAACGGAAUCAGCAAAAUUAUUGGAACCUGUCAAAUUACCGGAACCAACCAAAUUGCCGGAACUAGCCAAAACACUGGAACAAGCCAAAUUACCGGAACCAGCCAAAUUACCGGAACCAGCCAAACUGCCAGAACCAAAGGCUCUGUUUACUGGUGGAUUCGAUAUUGACAGCCUUAUUUGUAAGGAUGAAGACGAUUCGUCGAAGGUAGAGCUGCCAAAUGAUCAUUUCGAGGGACAUCUCAAGAGAAAAGGCAGCCCUAAAUUUUCUCUGCUUAACGAUGUUGUGAAUGGUAUCGAAAGAGAUGAAAAUAAAAAUGUUUUGAAAGAGGAUUUAAUUUCAAAAGAGCCAGAUAGUGAUGCUUCUAAAAAAACUAAAUUCCAAGCAAGUGAGCCGUCGAGGGAAACAUUGGAAAAUCAGAAAGACGCUGCGUUACUUGUCACUGAUACGAAAAGACAGAGGUAUUUUGGUAAUAAGCUCAAUUCAAGAGCAUCUACGACCUCCAUAGUUAGUAAAUAUAAAGAGUCAAAUGAAGAAAUUGAGGGCAGAGUUACAUUAGCAAAGGCAAAGUCAGUGGAUGACAGUCUCUUACAAGGGAAAGGAAGACUAGUGAUGUAGGAAA